AUGAGCGACGAACCAUCGAUCGCAGCACCAGCAGCCCUCCUAACAAACCACAACACAAACUACCUGGCAUCGCCACUCGACUUCAGCCUCGACUCGCCGAUCGCGAUACCCCUGGCCAAAAACCACAUCUAUUCCCAGUCGAUUACAGCCUCACUCAACUCCGCACGAGAACACCCGCUCCCUCCAUUCCCCCAAAGGCUCACCGACGAUACCCUCACAAGUUGUGCGAUUGGCAGACGGAGCUCAAGCUAUCGAACACUCUCCGUGAUUGAUCGAUUUCUCCGUCCACAAAAGUCAGAUAUAUAUCCAUUUCCUGCCGAGCCGAGCGACGGAAUCGACAGCGUCAACAAGGUCGAUACUACAAAGUCUGUUUGCACUUGA